AUGGCAUACAUGGAUGUCCCUUCGCAUAAUACCACCUACGCCUCGAAUAAGACCAUCGUGCUUCUACACGGCAAGAACUUUUGUGGCGCAACGUGGGAGGAUACUGCCCAUCGUCUUUCAGCACAAGGGUAUCGUGUCAUCAUCCCAGAUCAAAUCGGAUUUUGCAAGUCAUCGAAGCCGUCUGCCUACCAGUUCUCGCUGCAGCAGUUGGCGCGCAACACACAUCUGCUACUGCAAAGUCUGGGCAUAGAGUCAACACAUGUAUUGGGUCACUCUAUGGGCGGCAUGCUAGCCACUCGAUUUGCCCUGAUGUAUCCGGAGCAGACAUCACAUCUUAUUCUUACAAAUCCAAUCGGACUGGAAGACUGGAAGGCCCUUGGAGUACCUUGGCGCAACCUCGACGCCCUGUACAAAGAUGAGCUUGCCACGAACUACACAUCCAUCCGCAAAUACCAGCAAGCUACCUACUACGUGAACACCUGGAAGCCAGAGUAUGACCUCUGGGUCAACAUGCUAGUCUCGCUCUACCAAACGUCACCUGAAAACAUUGACUUCGCAUGGAACAUGGCGCAAACGACCGACAUGGUUUUGACUCAGCCGAUCGCCUACGAAUUCGAGUUGGUACAGCCCAAGACCCUCCUCCUGAUCGGAACCAAGGAUACAACAGCCAUAGGAAAAGCUUGGAGCCCACCGAAUGUGCAGGCUAAGCUGGGGAAAUACGGCGUGUUGGGCAAGGAGACGGCGGCGAGGAUUCCAGAUGCGACAUUGAUUGAGUUUGACGACUUGGGCCAUAGUCCGCAAGUGCAGGAUAGUGAAAGAUACCAUGCCGCGCUAUCAGGGUGGUUAAACGAGUCUAAUCAGGCUUGA